AGGAUUCGUUUGUGUCGUCUGCUCAUGCACCAUAGAUACAGUUUGUUAUGUUAUCUUCUGUUAUUAUAUGUAUGUAUUUUGAGGAUUAUUGUAUUGUGUGCAAUAAAUCAGCAAUGUCUUUUAUCUGUGAAAAGAAUAUUUUAAAUUUGUAUUGUACAGCAGUUCUCAUAAAAGAAUCUGCAUUUUUUUGUUUGAGUUAACCUAUCAAAUCAAGCAAGAGUGGUACAAGACUAUUUUACCCAUGACUGAUAGCAAUGUUUGUAAAUAAUGAAAGUAUUUUUCAAAUACAUUACAAAUUGAAAAAGGUUAUUCAAUUCAAGUGUUUAGCAGAGUAACAAGCUCUUUGUUAUUUGUGAUUUUGAUAAUCAAGUUUUUAAAUCUCAAUAAAUUGAAUAAUGACUGCGGUUAACGUCUAAAAUUUGCAUUAGAAGAUGAUGGAAAGCAUUGAAACCCAAAUAGAACGAUCUUCACCGGCACUUAUCUAUUCUGAAUCUGGAGAAACCAAGAAAGAAAAAUAUGUAAAAGAAGACAGGGCCAACUUAACUACUUCGGAGAAUCGACUAUUUCCUGGUAAAAAGGACACGAACCUUCGACGUUCACCCAGUCUACUGCGGAAGCGAACUCAACUCAACCCAAUUGUUAAACUAACAGAUCCCAAUCAUCCUUAUCGAAUAGGCAGCUUCCAGACAGUGCAAGACAAAGACAAAGACCGAGUCAGUUCGUUCACCAAACGAGUCAUGUCAGCCAAACUAUUGAGGGUCAAACAGCUGCAAAAUCAAUUGAAAGAAGCUGAGAACACCAUCAAUGAGCUAAUCGAUGAGAACCGAGUUCUCCGGACACUAAAGAAACGUCAGGAUAAUGCACUGAAAAAGUAUGAAGGUGAUCAAGCCCAACUACCGCAGCUAAUACGGUCGCAUGGAGAGGAAACUAGGGUACUUUCUGUCAAACUAAAACAGGCUAAACAACAGCAAAAAGAGCUGGAAGUGAAGUUGAGGCGACGAGAUGAAGACAUGGCCACAUUGAGAGAGCAGCACAACCAACUGGUCAGACUCUCGCAGGACAAGCACCUGCUCUCAAGGGACAAACUCACAAAACAGCUGGAAAAACUGCAGCAGACCGUCGAUGAACAGAAUGAGAGGAUACAGUUGCUGACCAGACGAGUGGAGCUAGAAGGCAAGAAUCACAAACAUCGAUUUGCAGCAGAAGUGUCCAAGCACAAACGAACCCAAGCUGAAUUGACGAUGGCGCUUGAAACAAUCGAAAACCUCAAGAGCUUAGUCGAGGCGAAAGAGAGAUACAUCAAUUCAUGUGCGCCCAAACUAAGCCGGAUUCAGACUUCAACUACAGACAAUGGAGAGAUAAGAUUCAGAAACGUUUUGAAGCCAACGCAAUUCCUGAACAAAGUCUCAGCCACACGACUUGAACUGAAUACGGCCCGCCUGGAAAACCGUGUCGUAGACUCGGACGACGCAUCGCAAGCGUCCACGAACAGCGCCUACGACCGUUCCUCGCGGCAGAUCGUCGAGUCGGGCGCCGAAUUCCGUAAGAAAAUCGCAUCCUGGAAACUGCGCAACCGACGACUGCCGGCUGUCUCAAUGCGGGACGAGACGCAGCCGCAGCCGGCCAACGACAACACUUCCGACGACAACUCGAGUCGUCCAAAGUUGGCGUCGUCCGACUCUGGCUCAGCCACCACCAAGCGCGGACCCUCCCGAAGAACGUCCGUCGACUCCGGCGCUACAACCAUUAGGAACAGCGAGAAUGGUUCCAUUGAAAAAAGUGUGGACGAUGCAACCUACGCCAUCAAUACUCCCGUACAGACAAACGAGAAAUCACUUGAUGUUCCCGAUUUUCCUAAUGAAGAUUCUGGGGGAGAAGAAUCUCCAGAUAUUAAUGAUGGUUCAAAAUCGUUCGAUUCAAAAGCGGAUCAAGAUGUAUUGAGGUUAAGUCGUUCACCAAAGAAACAACAGGAAUCAAAAGACGAAUCAGAUGUUUUGAGGUUGAAUGAUUUACCAGAGAAACUGCACGGAUCAAAAGAUAAACCCCGUUUGAACGAUAGUUCUCCAAAGAAAUCGUUUGUCCACAUCAGAAGUAAACCAGAUGAUGAUUUUGAUGAUGACGAUGACGACGACGACGAUGAUGAUGAUGAUGGUGGUGAUGAUUUCAACAAGACAACAUCCUCAAAGAAAACGUCCAUUCACAUUAGAAGUAAACCUGAAGAUGUUUCUAGCAAGAGUACAUCUUCGAUAUCAAAGAAAUCAUAUGUUCACGUAAGAAAUAAAUCUGUUGAUGAUGAUAAUGAUUUUGGUAAAACGACAUGUUCAGUUUCGAUUGGUAGAGAACUGAGAAGGUUGGAAGAGAAGCUGUUGACAAGUGAUGUAUACUCGAUGUCGGUUGGUAUGACGUUUGAAGACCAUGCUGAUCGGGUGGUGCAAAGGCUCACCAAAGAAUCAUCAGUCAGUGAUGAUUAUGAGGAUGAUUUCGAUUGUGUGCCCAACGGUGUGGAUGUGGCUGUAGGGGCCCAAGGUGAUAGUUUCGAGUUCCCGGAUUUGGAUUUGAAACGCUUGACGUGCAAAGAAAGAGAAGAAUCUGUAGUUCCUGUCAAAAACACAAAAUCAAACACGUCUCUAAACGAUCAAAACUGUGAUAAAAGCUCGGUAAGAGCGGAAGUUCUUGAUGAGAGUACAAAAUCACGUCUUCUGCAAGCGUUGAAAGACAUCGAUGCUGAAGAUAAGCAUAGUGGUUUGACUGAGUGGAGGAACGGUGACAUUCUUCCCAGUGUAGCUCCCGUUCAAGCACUUUUCAAACCCAGUGAUGAUAGCUUGCUGCAUGGUAUCACUAAAACCAACAGUAAUACAUGAAUAUAAAUAUUGGUAUUGCAAAAUUAUCUAUGUUUGAAUGUUCCAGGGAGUGAUCUAUAUUUAGGAUCGCUCAUAAAUCUUCUUGGGAAUAAUCCCGUCCAGCAUGUUUUUAGAUAAUGUUAAUUUUAAUAAUUCUCACAUGAUGUAUCAUCAUGAUAUAUUUUUACAUCAUUUCAUCUUGUAAGUAGAUUAAAUUCUCAACUAUAAUGGAGAUUGUAGAUUGCUCUAAUUUUGUGAAGAGUGUUCAAUUCAAUUUGUUGAGAAUUUUAUUAAUCAAUCUACUCUAAAAUGAUACAGUUUCAUACGGCAUGUAUGUAAGUAUUGUAAAUUGGAAUUAUUAUGAUGAUGAUUGUUAUAUUGAGAAUGAAGAAAGCAACAGUAAGAACAUAGUAAGUAUGAACAUAGAUAAGAACUGAAAAUGAUAAUUAAAAAUGAUGAGGUCGAAUGAUCAUUUUUGAUCACUCAUGAAUCUUCUUGAGAGGAAUAUUGUGUCCAUCACAUUAUAUAAUAUUAUGUAAAUAUUGUAAAUUAUAAUAAUAUAUUAUCUUGAUUGUUCUGUUGAAAACCAAUCAAUCAAACAACAUACUCCAUGAGUAUAAAAAUGAGAAUUGAAGAUAAUAUGGGUGAAUGAUCGACAACUUAUCAAUCCUCUUGAAAAUAAUAAUUCCGUCCAUUACAUGUAAAAUUACAUAAUGUGAAUAUUGUAUAUUUGUCUCAGAUUGUUAUCACGAUCAUUCUGUUGAGAAUAUAUAAUGUGUUUCAAGACUACAACAUCGUUAA